AACAGAGCUUGCCUUCUCCACCCAGAGCGCUCAGCCUUAAAAAUGCCCACCAUGGCUUGGACAUGGACCAUACUCUCACUUGUUUUGCUUGCUUAUAUCCUAGUACAAUGGAAAAGCAAAACCAAGAGGAAGAAAUUACCUCCUGGUCCAAGAGGGUUCCCUAUCUUUGGGAACCUUCAUAUGUUAGGAGAAUUCCCUCAUCAAGAUCUUCAUCAACUAGCUCAAAAACACGGUCCUAUCAUGCAUUUGCGCUUAGGGAUGGUACCUACCAUUGUUGUCUCGUCCCCUCAAGCUGCCAAGCUAUUCCUUAAAACACAUGACCUUGUUUUUGCUAGUAGACCACCUAAUGAGGCUUCAAAGCACAUCUCUUAUGAGCAAAAGAGCUUGGCCUUUGCUCCAUAUGGUUCUUAUUGGCGCAACAUACGUAAGAUGUGCACCCUUGAAUUACUUAGCAACCUCAAAAUCAAUUCUUUCAAAUCCAUGAGAAAAGCAGAGCUUGACCUGUUGAUUAAGUUCAUUCAAGAGGCAGCACAUGAACAUGUUGCUGUUGAUCUCAGUGCCAAGGUUUCAUCUCUCAGCGCAGAUAUGAGUUGCCGUUUGGUGUUUGGGAAGAAGUACAUGGACAAGGAGUUUGAUGAGAGGGGAUUCAAGUCUGUAAUCCAAGAGGGUAUGCAGCUAACCGCAACUCCUAACUUAGGUGAUUAUAUUCCUUAUGUUGCACUCCUUGACCUUCAAGGGCUAACUCAGCGCAUGAAGGCUGUGGGUAAGAUCUUUGAUGCCUUUUUGGAGAAGACCAUUGAUGAGCAUGUCCAAUCCAAGGAUGAAAGUAAGACCAAGGACUUUGUUGAUGUCAUGUUGGGCUUCAUGGGAUCUGAGGAAUCUGAGUACCGAAUUGAACGGCCCAAUAUCAAAGCUAUUAUCUUGGAUAUGCUUGCCGCCUCAAUGGACACUUCAGCAACAGCAAUUGAUUGGAUGCUCACGGAACUAAUCAGGCAUCCUCGUAUAAUGAAGAAAGUCCAAAAGGAGUUGGAAAAUGUGGUGGGCUUAGAGAGGAUGGUAGAUGAAUCUGACUUGGAUAGCUUGGAGUACUUGGACAUGGUUGUAAAAGAAACCAUGAGGCUACAUCCAGUAGCACAUUUGUUGAUACCUCAUGAGUCAUUGGAAGAUUGCACUAUCAAUGAUUACCACAUACCUCGUAAGUCUAGACUCUUAAUAAAUGUAUGGGCAAUUGGGAGAGACCCAAGUGUUUGGACUGAGCCAGAUAAGUUUAAUCCAGAGAGAUUUGUUGGGAGUAACAUAGAUCUUAGAGGACAUGACUUUGAGCUUAUCCCAUUUGGGUCUGGGAGAAGAAGCUGUCCAGGAAUGCAAUUGGGUCUAACUGUGGUUCGGCUAGUGUUAGCACAACUUGUUCAUUGCUUUGAUUGGGAGCUUCCUAAUGACAUGUUGCCAACGGAGUUGGACAUGACCGAAGAGUUUGGUCUCACAACUCCUAGAGCCAAGCACCUACUUGCUAUUCCUACUUAUCGCCUUCACAAGUGAUAAUGUGUUCUUUUUGGUUUUUGUUGUCUAGACUACUAAUUAAAGUGCCAGUAUGAAUGUCUAGAUUUGUGGUUGUUUACUUCUACUGCAUUUGCUCAUUUUGUGGAUCAUAUUUUCUGCUGUACAUACCUAUCAUUUACAACUCUAUAAGCCACCAUAUAACUGGUGUUCCUUACUCA